UCAACUUAUGGACAUAUUGUGGCCACAUGCUGUUGGUAAAACAAUUUGUUUGCAGAUCCAUCCACUACAUCACAAUCAGUAAAAGCUUCAUAAUCAACAGCCCUCCAUUUAUUCAUGAGCUCGGUUCUGUAAGAACUUUGGAUAAAGCUAUAAUUAAUUAAAAUUUUCUUUAUUCUAUUUUCACCAGUCUUUUCGGCAGGUUCUAAAGUUUUGAACCAGGAUUCCAGUCUGUUGCAGGAAUUUUAUUCAUUUUUGAAAAAUUGAAACAAUAUCUGCCACUUAUAUUGUCUAUGCAGUCUUUAUAUAUAUUUUUUUAAGUUCUUAUCUUUCAAAAUUUCGAAGUCGAGCGUUCAUAGCCGAGGAAUCCGGAGUAACGAUACAGCGGUUAAUGACAAUAAGAACUGUGUAAUGACACCAACCGCCGGUGGGGGGCGAUCUAAUCCCAAACGCGUGUGCACAUUUGCACAACAUGGUUUUUUUUUCGUUGGCGAACAAGCGUUUAAGCAGAGGCUCUUUCCAAGGGGGGAAAAAAAACGACCGCUAUACCUCUCCUCCCUCCGCGAACACACACGGUCAGUCCACAAGUGCGGGCGUCAAGUCUUUCCGUGCUCUUAGUAAAAGUUGAACUCCUUUUUUUAAGUUAGGCGUCUGUGACGUCACUCAGCCCCCCCCCCCCAACACACGUCCCACCCCUCCCCAUUGAGAGGAGUCGCGCCAGUUCGGUAUUUCCCAUCGAAGGUAUCGCGCGCCGGAGAUUCGACCGCUAAGCGUAAGCGCGCUGUAUCCCCGCGCGCUCGGUCCACCUUUGCCGGACGGAAGGAGCUGUUUCCCGCCGAAGCCCCGGGAGAGAGCGGAGAGCCCGGUUCCGUGGCAGAGGGUCGUCGGGGAGAGCAGCCACCAUGAACCGCAGCUUCAAGUCCCAGUCCGUGCGCUACCUGGACUGCAACGCUGUAGAAGUGAAGAGCAAGUAUGGGGCUGAAUUUCGGAGGUUUUCCGUGGAUCGGGUCAAACCUGGGAAGUUCGAGGAGUUCUACAAGCUCAUCCUGCACAUCCACAAGAUAGCCAAUGCUGAGGUGAUGAUUGGCUACGCUGACGUGCACGGAGACCUGCUGCCCAUCAACAAUGACGACAACUUCUGCAAGGCCGUGUCCUCAGCCCAUCCCUUGCUCCGCAUAUUCAUCCAGAGGCAAGAAGAGGUUGACUACAGUAACUUUGGCACCAACACGCUGACACGGCGGAAGAAGGCGGUGGUGACGCUACGUAACGACGUUAAUCGGAAGCGGCCGCAGAUCCGGAUCGGCAUGCCGCAGGACUUUCGGCCCGUGUCCUCCAUCAUCGACGUGGACAUCCUGCCCGAGUCCCACCGCAGGGUGCGUCUGUACCGACACGGCUCUGACAAGCCGCUGGGCUUCUACAUCCGGGACGGCACCAGUGUCCGUGUCACGCCGCACGGCCUCGAGAAGGUCCCGGGAAUCUUCAUCUCGCGCAUGGUGCCGGGAGGGCUGGCCGAGAGCACGGGCCUGCUGGCCGUCAACGACGAAGUCCUGGAGGUGAACGGCAUCGAGGUGUCGGGCAAGACACUGGACCAGGUGACGGACAUGAUGAUCGCCAACAGCCACAACCUCAUCAUCACGGUCAAGCCGGUGAAUCAACGGAACAACAUAGUUCGAAGCAGCCGAACCUCAGGCAGUUCAGGCCAGUCGACAGACAGCAGUGGCUCAGUGGGCUACCUGGGGGUGGCCGCUGCUGCCGCCACCGCGCACAGCUUCAUCGCCGAUGAGCUGGAAAGUGACGAAGACAGCGACAUUGUCAUUGAGAGCAGCAUCAAGCGCCCGUCCCGUCGCUCCAAUGCCUCCUCGGCCCACUCUCGGUCCCACACAGUCACGCCGGUGCCGCCCAGUCCCCCUCAACGGCCUUCUUCCACGGUCUCCGCGGCGUCCUGCCACUCGCAGUCCGGCUUAAACGGCACGGCGCACGGCAGCCUGAGCUCUCGGCUCCAGAGGGACCUGUGCCUGCCUCCCCACCAGGGGAGCAGCCCCGCCUUCCGGGAGAGCAACGGCAGCCUGCACAAAAUCCUGAGCGCCAUGCGCACGGACCCCCGGCACAGCCUGGCCCUGCCGCAGGGCGGCGUGGAGGAAGACGGCACCGUCAUCACCCUAUAACACAGCCGGCUACCCAGGACUGACCUGCUGCACCCGCAGGUCGACGAGGAGCCAAGUGGCAUCCUCACAAGGCAUUCAUCUCUCGAAGCCAAGGCUACAAACACCAGAGACACACAAUUUCCCACAUCGUUUCUUGUGGUCAGUGUUACAGUGAGGGUUGCUCUUCACUCGAGUCAUCUGCCACGUGUCUUUUGAUUAGUGUACAUUCCUUUUUUCCUUUAAAUUUUUAUUACAAAUGCUAAUUGUUUUGGUUUUGGGACCAACAGCAAGGUUCUGUUGUAUAAAGCCUUUUUUUAUAAAUCUUUUUAGUUAACUGAAAAUGUGUUCUGUGUCCUCCGCCACAUUUGAGCAUUUUGUAAGUCCCCUGUAACCUGUGCAGACAGUCCCACGAUUCGGCUUCAUCGACUCAGUAAUGCUCAGUAGGCAGAUGUCACCGUUUCCAUUGGAUGGUGGUAUCUUUGCAGCGCAGCAGCUUCACUUCCAGCAGAAAAGGAGUCGCUCCCGUUUUUAUGAAACUCUUUAGAAAAGUCAGGCUUCCCCCAGUCUGACCUGUUCCGCAUGCUCCCAGCUGUCACUUACUUCGUGUACUAACCUUUGCAGUAGGUGCCAUUCGGUCACUCACCUGUCAGAUUAUCCUCAAAGUAAAGACUUCACUACGGUUUAGUGCAGUGGGUCUGUUUGCUUUUAUGUAGUUUUAUCCUCUGGCCAUUGUGAGAUGUUCUCCAUUGUCCUGUUGCCUUUUACAGCCACCUUAAAGUGUUAGAGAUUUAGUGGUACGUCUUCGGUGGGAGUGCGGCCGAUUUUUAUAAAGGGGUCCUUUUUUUAAGGAGGCGACGCACCACUUGUACAUUGACGUGAGAAUGCAGAGCCUUUCCUUUCCGCAUCGCAGCCCCUGAUGCUCUGGAACACAGCUCCUGCGUACACUCGGUGUGAUAGAUUGCAGGGCUCUUCUGCCACUUCACCCUUAAUGAAGCGUUAUCUCCGAUGUUCGCUCACGAUCCCGAACCUGGGAGCUCUCCAAGAUCCCACAGUGAUUUUGGACAUCAAACUCCCAGUUCGAAACUGUCAAGGUAAUCUGGCCACAGUUUGCUAGGGGUGGGGGGGGGGGGGGUCCAGUAAUUCCUCUUGUGUUCAGACUCACUGACCCACAUGGUGGUGGUUUCUCUCGAUGGGUUUACAGUCUAUACUGUUGUUAAUGGGCAGUUACUUGUCCUCAUUUUAAAGCACAAUGAAUUCCUGAUAUGCAAAUAUGAGUGUCAUUUUGGGUUACACACUAAGCAGUAACACUGUUCAGGUGUUGGGUUCUCGCCAUGAUCUUUUCCUCCACGUGUAAAUUAGUGGUUAUAAAAGUCUACUUGCAAAUCUUGAAAUGUACAGGCUUAUUUUUUUCAGAUUGGGAUUAAGUUUUUGUAGUAUUUUCUAAUUGUUUUUAAACCCAUUAUUCUUCAGUUUUUUUUGUUUAAUUUGCCUUCCCCCCCCCCCCCCCCCCUUUUUUUUUUUUUAAACACACGUCAAUUUUAUUUUUAUAAUUUUGGAAGAGAAGUAGAUUGUCCAGCAUGCCAGACCUGUGGCACGUUUCCCCCUGGUGUGCAUGUGAAUUUUUUCUCCUCCCCUCAGACAGCGACACCUGCUGGUACAAUACAGUCACGAUGUGGUUAGAAAUCAGCACCAGUUCACCUGGAUUUACCAUGCUACUAUUUAGGGACUUCUCUGGAUUUGCUGGGGUACUUUCUUGUCUGUGUUACUUAUGGUAUGAAUAUAAGUAAAAUUAUAAUAUAGGCAACUAUAAGUAAUACCAUAUAGGAUUUUACUUAUGAAUCCUUUGAUAAAAGCAACAUUACGGCCCAACAAGCAGUUUUGUAAAGGUACGAUUUUUUUUUAUUUUUUUUUUUUCCUUCCCUUCCUUUUGCAGCUUUCUCGGACAAAGCCAAGUUCACAUUUAGUUGUUCCAAAAAACUGUUUAAUGUAAUAGAAGCAAUCAUGUACUUCAUCUGGCAGGCAGUUUCAUUUUGGCAAACCAGAAUGAGAACGCUGAACCGCUGUGGAUUUAGAUUUAUGGAAAUGCUGGUGGUUUCAUAGGAAUCUCUCCCAGAUGCCUUCAGAUUUCAGUGUGCAGUGUUUUUGGGGUACCACAAUAAGUGGAAAUCAUUCUGAAAUGUCUUGUCUGACUCCAGUAAAUUUCCUGACACUGUGACCAAAAUACAUUUGAGAAAUAUAUCUUCAGUAUUUGGUUACUGCAAUAACACUACAGGUCAACAAAACCUACUUCGAAAUAUAUUGAACAAAGUAUCAGUUUUUUGUUUUUAAACCUGUUGCAUUGUGACUGCAUGCAAAAAGUUGUAAUCUAAAAAUGCAGUUUUUAUUUUUUGCACAACAGUUAAACCUCUUAUGUCUAUCAUUCCACUUUUCUAACUGUUAAAGUAUUUCCUCCAGAUCUGUGUUGCAUUGAUUAAUCAACAGUAAAGAUCACUUGAAACUGAUC